AUGAGUGGCUUUGAUUCUUUUGCCAUACUUUCAAUUCUGGGCCUUAUUCUUAUUUUUAUUUUAAAUAUUAAAAUAUUUAUGGCUAAAACAUCCAAGCAACAUUCUCCUCCAGGACCGAAACCUUGGCCGGUUAUUGGAAAUCUGCACAUCCUCAAUCUGAAGAGGCCAUAUCAAACCAUGCAAGAGCUUUCCCAGAAAUAUGGCUCCAUUUACAGCAUCCAAAUGGGGCCCAAGAAGGUGGUGGUCCUCUCUGGCUAUGAGACAGUGAAAGAGGCUCUCGUUGGUUAUGGCAAUCAAUUUGGGGAACGAUCUCAAGUGCCUAUAUUUGAAAGAAUUUUUAAUGGAAAAGGAAUUGCCUUCUCUCAUGGUGAAACCUGGAAAAUCAUGAGAAGAUUCAGCUUGACCACAUUACGGAAUUUUGGAAUGGGCAAGCAGAUCAUAGAAGACAUAAUUAUAGAGGAAUGCCAGCAUCUCAUAAAGAACUUUGAGGCUCACAGAGGAAAUCCAUUUGAGAUCACAACAGUAAUGAACGCUUCUGUUGCUAACAUCAUUGUGUCAGUGCUGUUUGGAAAACGGUUUGAAUACCAAGACCCCCAGUUCCUGAGACUCUUAACCUUGAUUGGUGAAAAUGUGAAACUUGUUGGAAGUCCUAGAAUUGUGAUUUUUAAUAUGUUUCCUGUUUUGGGAUUUCUCCUAAGAAGUCAUAAGACAGUACUCAAGAAUAGAGAUGAAUUAUUUUCUUUUAUAAGAAAGACCUUCCUCGAUCAUCGUCAUAAAUUCGACAAAAAUGAUCCAAGAAGUUUCAUUGAUGCUUUUUUGGUCAGACAGCAAGAGGAGAAAGAUGCAUCUGCUGAUUAUUUCAGUGAUGAAAAUUUGGUGGCACUUGUUAGUAAUCUGUUUGCAGCAGGUACAGAGACCACAGUCUCCACACUGCGCUGGGGAAUCCUGCUCAUGAUGCGAUACCCUGAGGUUCAGAAAAAAGUCUGUGAUGAGAUCACCAAAGUUGUGGGACUGGCCCAGCCCCGCAUUGCACACCGUACUCAAAUGCCGUACACAGAUGCUGUCAUUCAUGAAGUACAGCGAUUUGCUAACAUUCUGCCCACAAGCUUACCCCAUGCGACAACCACAAACGUUACAUUUAAAAAUUACUAUAUCCCGAAGGGCACAGAGGUCAUCACUUUGCUGACUUCAGUACUUCAGGAUCCAACACAAUGGGAAAAGCCACACACAUUUAAUCCUGAGCAUUUCCUCAACUCCAAGGGAAAGUUUGUCAAGAGAGAAGCAUUCAUGCCCUUUUCAGUGGGUAACCGGAAGUGUGUUGGUGAGUCGCUGGCCAGGAUGGAGCUAUUCCUUUUUUUCACCAGCCUCAUGCAGAAGUUCACUUUCCAGCCACCCCAAGGAGUUUCCCAUCUGGACCUGGACCUCACUCCGGAUAUUGGCUUCACCACAAGACCAAUGCCUCAUAAGAUAUGUGCUCUGCUCAGGGUCUAAGCUCUUUCAGCUUCAGUUAGUGUUAUCUUGUUAUAUUCAGUUAGUGUUAUCUUGUGGUCAUUAGCAUAGACAUCCCUUCCCUGCAUUUUACCAGCCAUGUUAUUCUGCCAAACACUUAGGAAUUACUUAAGCCAUUUGCCACACCCUCAUAUAGGUUUCUCUUGUCAGAUCAGAUUAAGUUUCCUGUGCUAAUUGCUGUAGAGGAAACCUUCCUAAUGCCAUUGUUCAAGACAAUAAAUGAACAGAACACUUGACAAAAAACAACCUCCACUUAGUGCUCUUGGUUUUUUUCCUUUAAAGGUGACACUGACCUGAUCCUCCA